GAUGGCGGCGGGCGGGAACGCGCGCGCGGAGCUGGAGCUGGAGCCGGAUCUGGAUCUGGAGCCGGGGCAGGAGAAGUACGACGCGGAGGAGAACGUGAAGAUCAUCUGCCUGGGCGACAGCGCCGUGGGCAAGUCCAAGCUGAUGGAGCGGUUCCUCCUGGACGGGUACCGCCCUCAGCAGCUCUCAACGUUCGCUCUGACCCUCUACAAACACACCGCCAGUGUGGAUGGGAAGCGCAUCCUUGUAGACUUCUGGGACACAGCAGGGCAGGAGCGGUUCCAGAGCAUGCAUGCCUCCUACUACCACAAGGCCCACGCUUGUAUCAUGGUGUUUGACGUGCAGAGGAAGGUCACCUACAAGAACCUGAGCAACUGGUACAAGGAGCUGAGGGAGUUCCGCCCAGAGAUCCCCUGCAUCGUGGUGGCCAACAAAAUUGACGCGGAUAUGAAAAUGACUCAGAAAAGCUUCAACUUUGCCCGGAAGUUCAACCUGCCUUUCUACUUUGUCUCUGCUGCGGACGGCACCAAUGUCGUGAAGCUCUUCAGCGAUGCCAUCAAACUGGCCGUCGCCUACAAGCAGAAUUCAGGGGACUUCAUGGACGAGGUCAUGCGGGAGCUGGAGAACUUUGACCUGCAGCAGAAGGGGAAAGACUUGUCGGAUAAGGAGGAAAGCUGCCCCGAGGAGAAGCCCCCCUCUACCUGAGCCUGCCCAGACCUGCCUCAGGCUACUGCCCAUCACCCAGGGGGGAUGGGUAGGACCAUCGGUGUCUGCCUGGGGAGAACUGAUUUUGCAGGCCUAGUAACUCUGGGCGCAGCUGUCUCAGGGCUCCUGUCUGUGGCAGGGAGACUGGCUCAGCCUGAACUUCCCUACCCGGCCCAACUCCAGAGCAUCCAGGACAUGGAAGGGGAUGCAUGUACAUGUGACUACGGCCUGCCCCAGUGCAGAGAACACGCAGCAGGGAGCUGCAGGAAAGGGUCCCGCCCAGGCCAUAGAAAAACUGACACUAAAGGACUUUGUGCAGA